CAUCCCCCUCUUCCUCUCGCUCAGAUCCGGAAGACUUGGGUGGUCGAUCGGUCUCGCAGUGGCGGCUGGGAUAUGGGCCUCCUGGACAAGCUGUGGGACGACACCGUCGCGGGGCCCCGCCCGGACACCGGCCUCGGCCGCCUCCGCAAGCAGUUUGUGCGCCCCGCCGCUGUCAAGAUCAAUGAUCCGGCCGGGGACUCGCCGGCGUUCGUCCCGCCGUCGCCGGCGUCGGGCGGCGAGGAGACGCCCGUGAAGGUGACGCGCAGCAUCAUGAUCAAGCGCCCCGCGGGGUACCCGGCGUCGCCGAGGAGCGCAGCCAGCACGCCCCCGGCCUCGCCGGCAGGGUCCACUCCGCCCAUCUCGCCGUUCGCCGGCGCCGGUCGCUUCAGAAGGAAAUCAUCCUCAGAUGCAUAUGAGAGGGCAACACCUGGGACGACCCCUCCUCCCUUUGAAGUGUGAGCCCGCGACAUGCUCACGCUCCUUUUUGCUCCUUUGGCCAGCAUCUACUUCACUAGGUAGAGAUGGAGGAGAGAAGGCAUAUCAAGAGGGAAAUCAAGACGAGCCGCCGCUUGUCCACCUUACCUUACCGUACCUCUACUGUGUUAUAAUGUAGAUGCCAGUAUGUGCAGUGCUUUCUAUCUGCUAUAGGGAUGUGUACGAGGUGUUGAAUCUGUUGGUGGUGUGCUGUGUUCAGUAGGGUCGUAUGCGCAUAGGGCAGCUCCGGGCUACUGGAGCUCUGCCACAGCCCGCAGCUUGCCGCGUCGCCUUUGUGUGUACCUGAGUACCUCGUCUGCUUUGUCAAAUGAAUGGUGUGUGGAGGAUGGGGUUAUGCUUGUAAUGUAAGCAGGGUUUGAGGUGGACUGAGACUACUUGUAAUUUUGCUUGAUGUAUGGCAAUAUCAAGUAGCUGAAGGUGUUUGCUUGAA